AUGCUAUCUAGAUUGUGUGCAUAGAAAUUUACAACAUAAAUUCAAGGAGUUCCGAUAAAAUGUAUUCGUUAGAUAAAAGUAUAAUAGUAUUGGAAGCAAUGAAAUUUGACAUUCCAAAAGUAUAAGAGGAACGCCAUAAAAAUAUAAGAGCUCUUACAUGUUAUCUAUAGGAUCGAUUACAUGAUAAUUAAUUAAUGGAGUUCGUUAGAGAUGUGUAAUAGAUAAAAGAGAAGGUAAUUAUAUAUAAUGAUAAUUGUAUAGGAAUAUACAAACACUUUGCAAUUGAAAUCUAAUAUUUUUAGAUUGUUUAACUAAUGUAAGAUUUUAUAGUAAUUGCAGACUAAGUUUUAGAUCUUGUACCAUUGGCAUUAAGAAUAGAUCUAUAAGAGUUGUAGCCAGAGCAUUUCUAUGAUGAUUUUGAUAGAAUAGAUACAGAGAUAAGAAGCGAAUAUACAUGUUUUGUUUAGAAUCGAGCAAGUCUUUUUUAGCCAUAGAAUAAAAGUCUAACUGAUUUUAUUCAAUAUAAACGUAAACAUUAAAAAUUGAGAAUUGAAAAAGAUGAAAAAGUACCAGCAUUUACUUAGAUUAUUGAUGAUGGUUUGAUAAAUACUCUAUUGCCAAAAUAAGAGAUUGAUACUUAGGAGUCAAAUAGUAAAGAUUUAUUUAAGAAUUAAUUAAUAAUAUCUAGAAAUAAUAGAUUGAUGAAUAAGCAUAUUAAAUAAAAAGAUGAGAGUGAACUUAGAACACCUUUGUAAUUGAAAUAGAUUGAUAGUGUUGAGGAAAUUAAAUAAACUAAUUAAGUUUGUUUAUAUAAUUUACCAUAUAUUAUGGAUGAUAAUUUUAAACAAGAUUGUAAAGUCUAUUUUGAAAAUAGAUUUGGAGAAAUAGAGUCGAUUUAGUAUUUUGAAUAUUCUAAUUUCAAAAAGUAGGUUGAUCAAAUAGCAACUGAAAAAACUAAUGAGAAUAAAGAUUUCUAUUAGAGUUUAGAAUAGUUGAGUUCAACAAAAAAGUUAUUAGAAAGAGUUAAAGUAAAUAAGAAUAAAAAGUUAUAUAAAUCAUAUGCUGUUAUUAAUUUUAAGAAUAAGGAAUCUAAAUAAAAUGCUUUAUUUUAAGAUCUAAGAAUAUUUGGUAUUAAAUUUAAAGAUUUGUAAUUGAGAAUAGAUGAUGCUGAUCAUAAGAAAUUACUUUAUAUUAAUAAUUUAUCUAAAUUUUCAAAUGUUAAUUUUUUGAUAGAAUUCUUAAAUUUGCAUUUAAAUAUCCAAUUUGAACCUCUUGAUGAAAGAUUACUUUUGUAGAAUAAUAUAGUAUGUUUAAUCUUUAAAGAUUUUUAAGAGAGUUAGAAAGCUUUUGAGAAAUUAAAUAAUUUAACAUUUUCAGUAAAGUUAUUGAAUAUUUAUAGAGAUUUAAAAUGAAUGUAUUUCAUUAUCCAGAUGGAUUGAAAUAUAUGGGAAAUAGAAUAGCAGAACAUUUCAAUAGUAAUGUAGCAUUAUAAGUAUUGGAAUAGAAUUUGUAGAAAUUAAGAUUUGAAAUGGAAGAGAAUUGGAAGGAUGUUGAAUAAUAAGUAGAAGUAAGAGAUAUAGUUAGAAAGGAAGCUUAAUAACCUAUUAAAUAAGAGAUUCAUUCAUCUGAUAUGCAAUAAUGUAUAAUUGAAAUGAUUGAAGACUCUUAUUAAGAGGAGGAAUUUUAAUUGGAGCUCUUUGGUUUAGUAUGGGAUGAAGAAGCUCAAUACUGAUUAUAAAUAUUAAC